AUGUAUUUGGAAAGAAUAUAUUGCAGGUUUCUCACUCUGGAUCUGAACACCGUGAAUAAAGGCAUCCUUCUGUCUGAGCGAAACAGAGCGGCUCUAAGCACUGAAACAGUCCAGUCGUAUCCUGAUCAUCCAGACAGAUUUGAUUGUGUGUGGCAGGUGUUGUGUAGAGAGAGUGUGUGUGGACGCUGUUACUGGGAGACUGAGUGGAGUGCUGGUGUUGGUGUGAAUAUAUCAGUGUCAUAUAAGAGCAUCAGCAGGAAGGGACGAGGUGAUGAGUGUUGGUUUGGAUGUAAUGAUCAGUCCUGGAGUUUGUUCUGCUCUCCUGACAGUUACUCACUCUGGCACAAUAAGAUACAGACCGCUCUCGCUGUAGAGUCCAUCAUCAGGAAAACAGGAGUGUCUGAUGAUGAUGAUGAUGAUGAUGUCAGGAGAAUAGGAGUGUCUGAUGAUGAUGAUGAUGAUGAUGUCAGGAGAAUAGGAGUGUUUGUGGAUCACAGUGCAGGAACUCUGUCCUUCUACAGCGUCUCUGACACAAUGAGCCUCAUCCACACAGUCCAGACCACAUUCACUCAGCCGCUCUAUCCUGGGUUUGGUGUUUAUAAAGGAUCAUCAGUGAAACUGUGUGACCUAACAGCAGAGAUGGAUACUUGAGUCACACACAAGUCACAAAAGAACACAACUUGAACACAAGAGCAAGUCAAGAUGCAGGGUGUUUUUUGUGACUUGUGUUGUCUGUAAGAAACAUAACACCUGACUCGAGACUUGACUUUGAUUUGAAGACUGACUGGUGAAAAACACUAGUUAUUCUGGUAUGGCAUUGCUGAUUAUGUUCUGUGUUUAACAGCAUGAACACCGUAUUCUUCUGUUGAUUCCUCAUUCAUCAAAUGUGCCCAUAACAAUUCAUCUGUAAACACACAUUCUGCAUCAUUAUACACAUGUGAUGCAUCUGAAGGCACACGUCUAUCACACACUGGAAAAGUGUGGUUAUAUAAAUGAACAACUAACAAUAACAGUACAGCAAAGUUACCUUGAAAAUUCUUUAGUAUUUGGA